UAAACCCUAAAUCCCCUUCGAAUAAAAAACGGGAAAAGAAGGAGGAAUGGAGAGUAAGCUUUCCUGGGAUGUGAUUCAGGAAAUCCUGUUGAGAUUACCUGUGAAAUCUCUUGUUCGAUUCAAGUGUGUGUGCAAAUCGUGGCUUUCUCUGAUCUCUGACUCUCAAUUUGCAAAAUCCCAUUACGAGCUAUCUGCCGCACCCACCCACAAGCUUCUCCAUGUAACACGUUCUGGUUCCGAAGCUCGAUCGAUCGAUUUUGAUGCUUCGCUUAACGAUGAUUCUUUCGUUGUAAGCCUCGUUCCCCCAUUUCCAAAGCCAGCAGGGAUAAGAGGAGGAUAAUAAUGCGAAUGAAGACCAAAUUAUGACAUUUAAUGGCUGCUUGCUUCGCUUGCUUCAGUUCAAACCAGAUAAACUGCAACAAAACUAGAGAUAGUGGA